UCUCUGCGGCAUGCAACCAGCCAGCACGCAUGGAACCAUCGCGAAUGCCAUACAAUCUUAGACCUCGUGAUCGUAAAGUUGACUACAGCUAUCGAAGACCAAAAAGGGUUACACGUGAAGAAUCUAUUAGGAAAGAGGAGGAGGAAAUACAGGUUCAACUUGAUGAUCCUAUUAGACAAGAGGAAAUAGAGGAUCAAUAUGAACGCUUAUGUAAGAAGUACUAUCUUGAGAAACUGUUUCCUUAUCCAUUAAUGGCAAUGAAGCACUACAACAACGACAGGAAAGAGGAGGAACAAUUUAAGGUUACUGAUCAUGUUCGGGAUAUAUCGAUGUGGUGUGGGAAGGUUGGUGGUUUUCAUGCAUUGCACUUUAGGGCUAGGCCUAAAAAAGUUGGUGAAAUCUUGCCCAACUCAUCAGAUGAAGUUCCUACUGUGGAUUUUUUUGCCUUGAUCCAUCGUAUGCCUAAUGAUGAAGUUCAUGUGAGUUACUGUGAGCGUAAUCCUAAUCCGAACCCUCCAGAAAAAGGUACUCCUCUUUCUCGAUAUGUUCCCUUGCGAUGCGAAGUUUGUGGUCUUGCUGAUGCGGAAGCUGUGAAGGCAAAAAAUAAAGGGAAAUGAGUAGGGAUCCAAAUGUCCGAAAUUAAUGAACUAUUUGAGAGCCAUGAUACGAUGUGCCCUUUCAGAGAAGACUUGAAGGACUGUCAAGUACCUUUUUAGAAGUACGUAGUUAUAACUGUUGGUUGGACUUUUUUCUAAUUGACAACACAGUAACUGAUAACACAAGCAGAGAAUUCAGUUUCCUUCAUGUCUAUUGUUAUCGUUACUUAUUUUUUAAACAAAGCUUGCAUCUUGAUUUGGAUUAUGUAUCCUGGACAUUCUUGGCAUUUGGUAGAUGCAAUAGAGUAAUAGACUAUUUUC